AUGGGAAUCACAAAAUUACAUGGACUGGCUAUUCUAGUGACAGCAGGAAUCACUGCAGCUAUCUGGAGGCGAGAUGUACUGGUGUUGACCCCCUGGUUGGCUCCAAUCGUCUGGGAAGGCACAUUCAACAGAGACAUCCUGAAUGCCCAGUAUAUGCAGAACAAGCUGGUCACUGGAGUGGUCACUUUUGCUGUUAAAAAAUAUGUCCAGUUCGUAGAAGGGUUCAUGAGCUCUGCCAACAAGUACUUCCUUGCUGGGCACCAGGUGAACUUCUACUUGUUCACAGACAAACCUGAGCAGAUCUCUCACCUUCAGAUGGCCCCUGAGAAUCACCUCUUUGUCAUCCCUGUCCAGAAUUACUCACGGUGGCAGGAUAUCUCCAUGAGCCGUAUGGGUAUCAUCAGCAGAUAUAUUCGCAGCCACUUCCAGUAUGAUGUCGACUAUCUCUACUCCAUAGACAUUGAUGUCCAGCUAUUUGAACACAUUGGUGUGGAGAUCAUUGAUACACUGGUGGGAACCAUCAGCUCCUGGGAGUACAAUGCAUGUCGUGAGAGCAAACCAUAUGAGACACGCACUGAGUCACAAGCUGCUAUCCCCAAGGGAGAAGGGGACUUCUAUUAUACAGCAAGCUUCUACGGGGGAAGUGUGGCUGAGGUCUACAAACUGACCAGAGCCUGUUUUAAAGGGAUCAUGGAGGACAGAAAAAACGGCAUUGAAGCUAAACGGCAUGAUGAAAGCCACCUGAACAAGUAUCUCCUGUAUCACAAGCCCACACGCCUGCUCUCCCCAGAGUACUACUGGGAUGAAGAGCUAAGCCAGCCCCGCAUUAUCCAGGUGAAAAGGAUGUGCUCUGUGCACAAGGACGGCAAGAAGUGA